AUGCUGGACUGUUCCCCGCAAACAUACGCGGAGCCCCCAAUGUCGAACACUCACGGUCUUCCUGAAUUCAGCCUCGCCGGCAAAGUCGUCCUUGUUUCUGGCGCGGCACGUGGACUCGGUCUCACUCAAGCGGAAGCCUUGCUUGAAGCUGGCGCAAGAGUCUACGCGCUAGAUCGCCUCCCCACGCCCUCCCCCGACUUCGACAUCAUCGCAGCCGAAGCCAGCGCUCUGGGCUCGAUCCUCGAAUACCGCCAAAUCGAUGUGCGAGAAGUCGACGCUUUGCACAAGGUUAUCGCCGAUAUUGCUGAGAAAGAAGGUCGACUGGAUGGCUUGAUUGCAGCGGCAGGAAUCCAGCAGGAAACGCCGGCGCUGGAAUACACGGCCGAAGAUGCAAACCGCAUGUUUGAGGUGAAUAUCACGGGGGUGUUUAUGACUGCGCAGGCUGUGGCGAAGCAGAUGAUUCGGUUUGGGAAUGGGGGCAGUAUGGUACUGAUUGCUAGCAUGAGCGGGAGUGUUGCUAACAGGGGUCUGAUUUGCCCGGCGUAUAAUGCAUCGAAGGCUGGCGUCAUCCAACUUGGUCGUAAUCUCGCAUCGGAAUGGGGUCAGUAUAACAUCAGGGUGAAUACGAUAUCGCCAGGAUAUAUCGUGACGGCUAUGGUGGAGGAGCUAUUCGUCAAGUACCCCGAGCGAAAGAAGCAGUGGCCGACGGAGAACAUGCUUGGACGGCUAUCAGCACCCAAGGAGUACCGCGGUGCUGCAGUGUUCUUGAUUAGUGACGCUAGCUCAUUCAUGACAGGGUCUGACAUGAGAAUUGAUGGAGGUCACACAGCGUGGUAG